GUGAUGUCUGCGGAAAAGUAUGGAACAACUCGUUCCGAAAGACUGCCCUUACACCGAGUCGACCUAGAUUCUAGAUUGUAUCUUUUGUAAACAGUUUAGAUUUAUGUAGACUAGUCUGGAUCUAUUGGGAACACACUGUGAUACGAAACUCUUAUUGCAUUUCAUUGCCUUCAUGUCUGGUUUGAAUAACUUUUAAGUCAUGAAGGCUGCGUUGCCAGUCUUUCUACUCCUAGCUGUUCUGCAAGAUGUCUCCAGAGUUAAAGGCAUCAAGAUGACUGACUGCAGUAACUGCUCAUCCAGUGAGUUCAUGUGUCGACCAAAUAACUGCACAUGCAUUCCUAAAACUUGGGUUUGUGAUGGUGAAGAGGACUGUAAAGAUGGUAGUGAUGAGAUCAAAGAAGAAUGCGAAAACUACAAAUGUCCUGAGUUUGACUUCAAAUGCGCUAAUGGUCACUGUAUUCAGAUGAUGUGGAAGUGUGAUGGGGAUAAUGACUGCGGAGAUCACUCUGAUGAGUUGAGAUGUCCUCAGCAGAAUUGUUCUAAUGGGGAAUUGCUGUGUAAAAAUGGGCAGUGUGUACCACUAGAGUGGAAAUGUGAUGGGGAGGACGACUGUGAGGACGGCACAGAUGAAGAGUGUACCCUGCAGGAUUGUGUGUCUGGGCAGCUUCAGUGCCAGGAUGGUACCUGCAUAUCAGACAUGUGGAAAUGUGAUGGUCAGAUAGACUGUGUCAAUGGAACUGAUGAAGAAAACUGUGGCUACAAGCAGUCAAAAUGCAGCAAGGAGCAGUACCAGUGUAAAAAAACUUUAAACUGCAUCAAGACAGAGUUUUUGUGCGAUGAAGAGAAUGACUGUGGUGAUUGGGAAGAUGAAAAAGGCUGCACCCAUUGUCCAAGAGGAGAAUUCAAAUGUGGCAGUGGAGUUUGUAUUAAUAAAAUUUGGUUGUGUGAUGGUGAUUACGAUUGUGAUGACAUGUCUGACGAAUCUAACUGCUUGUUACCCUGCACGAAUGAACAGUUCCGAUGUGAUAGCGGAUUUUGCAUUGAUAAGAAUAUGAAGUGCGACGGACAGAGGGAUUGUGCAGAUAACAGCGAUGAGAGGAACUGCAAGCCCAGGAAAUGUAAAUCAGACCAAUUUAGAUGUGAUAAUGGCAAAUGUUUGGGACUUCACAAAGUUUGCAAUGGUAGAAAUGAAUGUCAGGAUGGAUCUGAUGAAAUAGCAUGUGACACUCUAACUUCCUGUUCUGUCAACAAUGGAGGAUGUUCACACAACUGUAAGCCCACACCCCAUGGAGCCAGGUGCUGGUGUAAGUCUGGCUUCAAGUUGGCAGAGAACAGAACAUCUUGUGAAGAUAUUGAUGAAUGUUUGCUGACUGGAGCAUGUAGCCAGAUCUGUACAAAUGUAGCUGGCUCAUACAAAUGUUCUUGUGUGGCAGGCUAUCAACUUAAACCAGAUGCUAGAGGGUGCAAGGCACAAGGAGGAGAAGCAUAUCUAAUCUUUGCUAACCGUGUAGACAUCAGGAAGGUCACCCCAAACAAAACAAACUACACAUCCAUCCUACAAGGGCUGCAGAAUGCCAUUGCUCUAGACUUCCACCACAUUGAAGGCUUUGUGUUCUGGAGUGACGUUACGCUGGAUGUUAUUAAACGGGCUCAUUUGAAUGGCACUGGUGCCAUCAGUAUAAUUUCUGAUGGUUUGGAUAACCCAGGAGGACUUGCAGUAGAUUGGAUUCAUAACAAACUGUUUUGGACAGAUGCGGGCACAUCAAGAAUUGAGGUGGCUAACCUGGAUGGUACUUAUAGAAAAGUUAUUCUUUGGCACAAUUUAGAAAAACCAAGAGCCAUUGCAACCCAUCCUAAACAAGGCUUAAUAUUUUGGACUGACUGGGGCACUACUCCUAAAAUUGAACGAGCUGGGAUGGAUGGGAGCAGGAGGAUCGUCUUGGCCAGCACUUCCCUAUUUUGGCCUAAUGGGCUAACUGUUGACUACGCAGCCGAGCAGUUAUACUGGGCUGAUGCCAAACACCAUGUCAUUGAGUGUUCAGGUCUAGAUGGAUCUAAUCGAAGAGCUGUCAUUAGUGAAGGUCUCCCACACCCUUUUGCACUUACCAUAUUUGAGGAUGAACUUUAUUGGACAGACUGGUUUACUAAGAGUAUAUACAAAGCAAAUAAAUUUAAUGGCAAUCAUAUUGAGACAGUGCGGACCAGAUUGUUUUUUCCCAUGGACAUUCACACAUUUCACCCCCAGAGACAACCACAUGCUGUAAACCUGUGUGGACCAAACAAUGGUGGAUGCAGCCAUCUUUGUCUACCCAAUGAGGUCAACUUCACCUGCUCAUGCCCAACUGGGCUUGUCUUGAACAAAGACAUGAAGAACUGUGCUGAAGUCAUGGACACGUUUGUCCUAUUUUCUACCCAAAACGACAUCAGACGCAUAUCACUGGAUGUAGGAGAACUAACAGACGUUGUCAUACCUUUGGGUGGCAUUGAAAGUGCUGUGGGUGUAGAGUUUGAUAGCUUCACAGACAAAAUAUACUGGUCAGACAUUGGUGCUGAUAACAUUGGUGAAGCAUCGUGGGAAGGAAAAAAUGCCAAGAUAAUUAUUGGCACAAGUUUAGAUUCCCCAUCUGGAAUUGCUUUAGAUUGGGCUGGUCACAACUUGUAUUUGACGGACAGUGGGAAUGACAGAAUCGAAGUCUGUUCUGUUGAAUCAGGUCUUAGAACAGUUCUUGUUUGGAGAGACUUGGAUCACCCUAGAGAUAUUGUUGUUCAUCCAGAGAAAGGCCUCAUGUUUUGGACUGAUCUUGGCAAGUCAGCCAGGAUAGAGAGGUCAGGUAUGGAUGGGAGUGAACGCCAGAUUUUGCUCAGCAAUGACAUCACCUGGCCAAAUGGACUUAGCUUGGACUUUGAAACUGACCGCUUGUAUUGGGUUGAUGCAGGGACUCACACUCUUGAGUCAUGUGCACUUGAAGGCAAUGAUAGAAAGGUGGUCAUCUCAUCAGGCCUGCAGCACCCGUUUGGCAUCACAAUCUACGACCAAAAUGUCUACUGGACGGACUGGGAUGCUGGCAGCAUCUUUUAUGCAGACAAAAUCACAGGCUUAAGGAAAGGCGUUCUGGCUUCAGGCUUUGGACACAUCAUGGACCUAAAAGUUUUUCAUAGGACCAGAAAGAAGGUGCCAACAGAGUGCAGCAUCAAUAAUGGAGGGUGUAGUCACAUAUGCUUGAUUGCCCCAGCACCUAGAGGACAUGCUUGUGCUUGCCCUACUGGAAUUAUACUGAAAAGUGAUGGUAAACAGUGUAAUACUUUGAUGCGCAACUUUUUGAUCUUCACACGGCGCCAGGAUAUAAGAAGAAUUUCUCUAGAAGUUGAAUAUUAUGUGGAUGUUGUCAUACCAGUGGGGGACCUCAGGAAUGCUAUAGCUAUUGAUGUUGAUGUUUUAGAAGGUAAAAUGUACUGGACAGACACAGUUCUAGACAAAAUCUCAAGGGCAAAUUUAAAUGGAUCCAAUGUAGAAAGGAUCAUAGAGCAUGGUAUCCACACAGCUGAUGGCCUGGCUGUUGAUUCUGUUGGACGCAAGAUCUACUGGACAGAUGAUGGUCACAACCUCAUCCAGGUUUCAAAUUUAGAUGGAAGUAUGAGAAGUGUUCUAUUAUAUGAAGAUCUGGACAAACCCAGAGCCAUUGCACUGCAUUAUGAUAAAGGCUACAUGUUUUGGACUGACUGGGGAAAAUAUGCGAGAAUUGAGAGAGCUGAUAUGAAUGGUAACAACAGAGUUGUCAUCAUAUCAGAUGGCAUUGUAUGGCCUAAUGGGCUGACCAUUGACAGACCAACACAAAGAAUCAUUUGGGCUGAUGCCAGUACUGAGUUGAUAGAAUGUUCUGACCUGUUUGGGAAAAAUCGUCGUAAAUUGGUUGCCAAAGUCCAACACCCAUAUGGCCUGACAGUAGCUGGAAAUUCAAUUUACUGGACGGAUUGGAGGGAGAGUUCCAUACACAAGGCUAACAAGAACUUUGUUGCUAAUGUAACAAAGAUAAGGGAUAACUUACCUGGCAUUAUGGAUAUUCAUGCUGUACAGAUUGAUGGCAUACAAACACAUGUGAAUCGUUGUGGAACAAACAAUGGAGGCUGCAGCCAUUUAUGUCUACCUCACCCUAAAGGAACCUCAUGUGCUUGUCCUACAGGCAUACUGCUAAAGAAAGAUGGCAAAACAUGCUAUGAUGCUCCAAGUAAAUACUUGCUUUUUGCUUCAAGAGGAAGUAUCAGGCGCAUCUCUUUAGACAAGCCUGAUCUAACAGAUGUUCACCUGCCCUUACCAGACCUGCAUAAUGUCAUCGCCCUUGACUUUGAUUAUCUAGACAGUAUGGUGUAUUAUACAGAUGUCUACCUUGAUGUUAUAAGGAGAGCCUCUCUCAAUGGCAGUCAGUGGGUGGAGAAUGUUGUCCAGAAAGAACUGGCCACUACAGAUGGGCUUGCUGUAGACUGGAUAGCCAGGAACUUGUAUUGGACAGAUUCUGGCCAUGAUGUUAUUGAAGUUUCACGCCUGGAUGGGUCCAGUAGAAAAACAAUCAUCCAUGAAGAUUUGUUUGAGCCCCGAGCACUUGCAUUGUUUCCUAGAAAAGGAUUGAUGUUUUGGACUGAUUGGGGAAAUGAGCCUAAAAUAGAACGAGCUUAUUUGGAUGGAUCCACCAGAAAAGUUAUCAUUAAUAGUGAAUUAGGUUAUCCCAAUGCCUUAUGUAUAGACUAUGAUACGAUGAGGUUGUAUUGGGUUGAUGCCAAGUUAGACAAAAUUGAGACGUCAGAUCUGGCAGGGAGAAACAGGGUGACUCUACUGCAGCAAGUCCCACACCCAUUUGGUCUUACAGUGUUUGAGGAGUUCAUCUACUGGACAGAUUGGCAGACAGAGAAACUGGAGAAGGCCAGUAAAAAAGAUGGCAAGCAGAGGAUGGUCGUACAGGGUGGGCUGGAAGGGUUGAUGGAUGUGCAUGUGGUUUCACCACAGAGGCAGACAGGGACCAACAAAUGUGGUAAAUUAAAUGGUGGCUGUUCCCACCUCUGCUUUGCUAGACCUGAUGGUUAUGUGUGUGCUUGUCCCAACCAACAGGACUCCAGACCGUGUAGUAGGCAAAAGAAUUCCAAUAUUAUCAACAUUGACAUCAAUCAGGCACAUCCUUGCUCUACUGAAGACUUAUCUCUGGGGAUCUGUGAAAAUCCUCUCUACUCUUCUGUUUCUGAAGGUUCUGAAGACAACAAGACUGUUGGCCCUUACAUUGCUGUAGCCGUUACUCUCACUGUCCUGCUUGUGGUGGCUGCUUUUGUGCUGAUAUUUUGGAAAAGACAGCGAAGGCGGCAUUACAAUGUGGAAGGGUUUUCUGGGCUGACCUAUGCAAACCCCACCUACCAGAAAGCCAGCACAGAGACUAUAGACUCUGAGAAUAACACGUGUAAAAAUUUUCCACUUUUCCGCUACCAUGCAAGCGAGGAACACAUAACGUCAUGUUUGAGCGAUGUGGAGACUGUUGCAAGCAAUAUGGAAACUGCUGCUCUGGUGACCCCUCACACUAAAAGAGGGAAUUCUGGUGCAGAAAGUACCUUGAAGCUAUUAGCCAUUAAACCAAGACAAAAUGGCAGUUUAAACGCCGAGCCAAAAUAAUCAACCACCUGAACAAGUAACUUUUUACUAUCUGUGAUAUGUACAUACACAUUAUUCUAUACAGUCUUUUUUACAUUUUGUAUGGUUCAACUAAUGACUCAUAGAUUACACAUAUGAAUGCAUAUUUGUAUGUUUAUGUAAUCAACAUGUAUGUAAUUACAGCUUCUAUGUUACAAUUUAUGUAAUAUGUGUUAGGUGUAGCUGGUGACAUAAAAAGGUAUAUAGUUUUUUUAAAGUGUUCUUUAAUAGCCAUGCUAAAAUAGAAAUGAUUGUCUGGCGCCACUUAGAAUUAAGUCUUUGUCUUUGUUGUUCAUAAGAAUCUGCUCUAUUCUAGCAGCCCAAUCAAAGAUGUUUUAAAAGCAUUUAGAGAUCAUGUUUCAUACAAAAUGUGUGAGAAACACAGUUUUUUAGCUUGAAAUCAGUGAAGUUAUUCUAAACCAGUAUUUGAUUGUUCGUGUAUAUCGGUGAAAGGGGUCUUGUUUACAAUGAUUUAUGUUAAAAUAGAUGAAAGUUCUUUUUAAAUUUUUAAAAUCCAUUUUUAUGUAAUUGAAGGUGUGUUGUAAAGUUAUAUCAUGACAAAUGUCUUGUAAAAAAAUAAUUUUUAAAUCAAUUAUCUCAUAUAUCACCAGGUUAAUAACUUGAAUUUAAAGUUAGCUAAAACUAAGUGUUCUUUUAUCUCUGUUGAAAUCAGAACUAUUUGAAAGUUUAAUAGUAAACCAUACUUUCAUUCAUUUUUAAACAAUUUUUUAAUUAAUGUAACAUUAAUAAAAGUCAGUCAUCAUAAAUAUUUAUAACCUGAAUUUCGCUGAGUGACUACAUACUUUACAGCUAAUCCUGAUUGUCUUACGUCUAGACUAAAUGCUGACCUUAAAAAAAUUAUUUUUGUAAUUAAUUAAUGCUUUAGCACACUUGGUUCAGAAUUUUUUAACUUCUUUAUUCAGGUUGCUCAAAUAAUUCUCUAAUUAAUUGUCAUUAUCCAUUGUUCCCACCAAACUGACUACAUAUUUUUUUUAGACCCAACAUGAUUUGUGUACAUGUUGAAAUAUUGUCUAAGCAGGAAGGAACGUCUAGUAAAAUAAUGUGUAAAGAAUUGGAGAGCAAAAUGUCGGUCGGGGCUGUGGUUUUUUUAAAAUAGAAAAUAGUGUGUGCAUCCCGUUAAAAUUCAGCUAACUUUAAGUGUAUUUUGUUUAAAAUGGUUAUAGAAUUUACACAUGGUAGAUUUUUCCCUGGGAAGUUUUGUUGAAUUAAUUUGUUAAGCAUAUAUUUUUUAUGGAAGUUAAUCCAAAACUUGGUUUCUGAAUAGCACUAACAUGGUAGAUUUUGGCUAAUUUUUGUAUAGCCAAUUUGUUAAGUAUAUAUUUUAUUUUAAAGAUAAUCGAAAACCUGAUUUCUUUAAAGCAUUAACAUGUUAGAAGUAAUAUCUGGAAAGAUUUAUUUUUAGUAAAAUUGUUAAGUAAAUAUUUUAAAUGGUUAUAGAGUUAACAUGGUAGAUACCUGACAAAAUCUGUAGCUAUUAAACGAUUUGUUAAGUAAUUAUUUUAUUUAAACUAAAUCUUAAACCUUGUUUCUGUUCAGCAUUAAUAGUGUAGAUAUAUCAGUUUUAAGUAAUUAUUUUAUUUGAAAGUUGUGUGUGUACUAUAGCCAAAUAUUUUUUUUUCAAGGUAGAUAUCAGGGAAGUUUGGUUUGGUAAAAUUAAGUAAAUAUUUUAAAGUUUUACUAACACCAGGUUUGAAUUGGCUACAGCAUUAUCAUGGUAGAUAUCAGGAAGUUUAACUUAAGUCAGUAUGUGAUAGUUUGUGUUCUCUGGCUAACACUCAGGACUCAGGGGGUUUUCUAAAGAAUCUAGUGUGGACGUGCACUGUUCUGUGUGGUGUUGAUGUGUAUUAUUCAAUGUGAUGUUGAUGUGUACUGUUCAACACUUUUAUGUUUUGUUUCUUAAAUAUAUAUACUCAGGCCAGUUGCUGAUUAAAGUUAAUUUUAAAACAAUGUUUUUAACAGUUAUUGUAUUUUACAAAUAAUAAUUUAAUGAACUUAACUUAAAAUAUUGUUUUACACGUGGUUCAUUUCUAAACAGUAAAAUAAUUUUUUUAAGCAUGGUGUAUAAUGUGUGGUAUUUCAGUAAAUACUGAUCCAUUAUUGGAAGUAGAUUUAGACAUUUUGUUUUGGUCAUGUAUACACAGUUUUUUUUUUUUUUGUGAUUUAUAUUUUUUUGUCACAUAUAGACAGUUUAUUUGUGAUUUUUGUUUUUUUUAUACAUAUAAUAUGGUUGUAAUUUUAACUGUGAAUGGCAUUUGCUGGUUGCUAAUGAAGUUGUAACUGGGAUGGAUGGGUAUUGUCCACACCAGUUAUUACUUGGCAAUUUACUGAACUAAAUACCAAAAACAUUAUUAGUUAUCAGAAUGCUCGCUAAAUAUAUUAUUUAAUGGUUACCUCAUGUUUAUACCCUAUAGUGAAAUCUAACACUGUUAUUUUUAAGGUAGAUGUUUUAAAUGCAUGGUAUCAAAAUUUCUUUUUUAAAUAUUGUAAAAGUUAAAUGUCUCAACUUUUUAAACCUAACCCCUUUGGGAGGCUACUUGUAUCCUAAAUUACCAAAGAAAAAUAUGUUUUUUUUUUGGCUGUAAUUUUUGUGGGUAAUAACUAAUAUAACAGUUUAUCAUUAUAAAAUAAAACUGAUACAUUUUGAUAACUGUUUUGGUCAUCAAUGGAUUGAAAGUUAUUUGAAAUUGAAAUUCUAAAAAUGUCUUAACAUUAGUAAAUUAUUGAAUAAGCUUUUAAUAAUGUUGAUAUUUUAUUCCAUUCAUCCAAUCAAAUUGAUGAUUUAAAGUGAUUUUUUUGUAAAAAUUUAAUUUUUUUUUCUUGCUGGUCUAGUGCAGCUUAAAACAGUCGGAUUGCAAGGUUGUGAUCUGAAGUUGCUAAACUACUUUUUGAUAAGAUUUGUUUUACCUCUUGCCUUGACUGUUUCUUUACCCUUUUGUUUUACUAUACCAGCAGUAGAAUACAUUUUAUGCUUCGGAAAACAUUAGCUAAAAUUUUGAACAGUAAUUUUUUAAUUUAUUUUUCCUUCAAUCUUUUCCAUUAAAGUAAAAAUAAACUUCAAAUUAAAAAAAAAAAAAAAAUUGAAGUAUAGAAAUGUAUGGGCCGAUAACUUGACUUGUUGAAAACAUUACUCAAAAUGAAAUCAAAAUGAGUGUACAUACAUCGUGGGAUUGUAUCUAUACAGUAUGUACAUAUUCAUUUUUACCUUAUUAUAUAUAUGCAUGUAGUAGUAUAUUACUAUGAUACUUCCUAGUUAUGUAUAUUUUUAUCAGCUACAAUUGAUAGGGAUAGGAUUUUGUUUAGUGCAUGAACUUAAAUUCUACUCAGUUUGAUUGUAGGUAAGCUAGAGGUUAUACUAUUCUUUGGAUGUUAAUCAUGGACACUUUUGGUUUUCCACUUUGGCCUAUUUGAAAGCAAUGCAAGAUGUGUCUGAGCUUAGCUGCUGAUGUAGAUUAAAUUUGAUAGUCCAAUUCAGCUUCUUUUGUUUUGAGAUUCAUUUUUUAAAUCACUAGUUUUGAGUCAUUUUUGUAAAUUCUGAAUACUACAUUGUAAAUCCACAAUUGUGAUUGGUGCUAUUUCAUUUUAUUUUCUUCUACCCAAUAUUUAUUUCAUCUUUAUUAAACACAUGCAUUGUAAAUGAGGCAAAGUGAAAACUUUUUUUUAAAAACUUUGGCACAAUACAAAACUAAUUUUCAAUUUUACAGUAAUGUACUGCACCAAAGGAGACAUUAAAAGCAGAGUCUUUUGUUACAAAGUUUAGACACAAAUACAUUUGUUGAAUGGCCUAAAUAUGUAAUUUUGACCAUGGGUAUUCUGACCCUGUUGAUUCUACUCCUAUUAAAUAAAAAUAGGUUUAUGGAACUAUAUCAACAAACUGUAAUAAAUAAUAAGUAACCAGCAGUUUUCACUGUUAUUAAUAUAUAGGUCAUUUUCAUAUUACCAAAUAUAUUUAUCCACAUUUGAAUGUUUUUAAAUGUUUAUGUUGCAUUUUAUUAUUACAUGCAAUUAAUACAUCAGUUAGGAAUGUGAUGUUUAAUAUUUAGAAUUUAAAUAUUACUUUUUUUGUUUAUUAAUAGUUUACAAAGGGAGGCAAUCAGGCCACAAUUUUUUAAAAACACAAUUGUUCUGAGACUAAAAAUUCUAUACUGUUCUUAAAAUGGUAAAGACAUUUCAGAAAUUAAUCUACACACACAUUGUUCAAUCUAUAGUGGUAACUGCUGAAAUGUCAGAUCUCAAAAGUAUGGUUUACAGAUUACAUUUCAGCUUCUUAGAAUCUUGUUAAAACAUAUUUUAACACUUUAUCUGUUGUAAGCCAAGCACAUUUUCCAUGAAAUUCAUGACCAGCAAUUUGAUGUAUUAAUAAAAAACAACAUGGCUGUUCAGGUUUAUAUGGUAAAUUAAGUGAAUAAUUCAAUGUUUUUUGUUCGAACCCUCUGGCAGAUAAGGCACGAUCCCUUCUAACACCAAAAAUUAAGAACGAAGAAGAAGGUUUUUUGUGAAAACUAAAAUAGAAUAUCUUUCUCAGCACAAGGUGGGGGGUACACAUUUUCUAGAAAGUUCCCCAAAACUCUGCCAGUGUGUCAAACAUUAUCUAAUUCAUUUAUGUUUUGUUCAUUUUAUUUGUUGUAGUCCACAGUUGUGAACAAAAUUGUCAUUUUUCUUCUUCUGCUACUGUAUUAGCCCUACUCCUUGAAUUACAGUCAAACAUCACUAAGUAUCUGUUAGUCAGGCCUAAUCCCUCCCCUCCCUCCCCCA